AGGAAGCUGUGUUGACCGUAGUCAUGUGCGGCCCGUUGGACCAUUACAUGUGUAUAAUAGGGUUCUACCCUUGCAGAUUGGGCACCAAUCUCCAGCUCCUCGACAAGUCUGCCAGCAUUCUGGUCCCCACAAGUACGACCUGGCGCAAGCGUCAACCUCACGCUGAUCACCAGAAACCUUCCAUUCCAAACAGUUUCCAGAUAGGCAUCUUCCCAGGAAGCAAGCUUACUCACGAAGAGCGUUUUGCCAUGCCAUCCAACGCCCGUUCUGCCUCAACUAGCUGUGCUACUACUGAAUUGCGCGCCCCGAUGGCGCACACGCCCAGCCAGGGCCGCCCUAGCCAUCUCAUGCAUGGCACUGGCAGAACGCAUAGUAGACGUGCCAAGGCAUGCGGCAGUGCUAACAAGGCAUCGAUGUCUCAUGGAGGACAAAGUUUUGGCUUUGGCGGUGCACCUACCCUGGGCGCUGGCUCCGAAUUCGUUGUACCUCUCAAAUUAUCUGUCAAUCGUUGGGUGCCUACGAGUACGACCUGCAAGGUUCAAUCUGGUAUUGAUUUACCUGAGCUGGUCGACCGUAAGGUCAAGGCGUUGCUCAACAAGCUCACGAUGAAGAAAUUUGAGACGAUUUCAGACCAGAUCAUCCACUGGGCCAACAAGAGCGUGAAUGAGAAGGACGGGCGGACGCUUAUCCAAGUCAUCCGGUUGGUGUUCGAGAAAGCAAUUGAUGAAGCUGUUUGGAGUGAGAUGUAUGCGCGUUUAUGUCGGAAGAUGAUGGAGCAGAUCAGUCCUGAGGUGCAGGAUGAGAGGAUCAAGAAUACGGAGGGCAAGCCUGUCAGAGGUGGCCAUCUCUUCCGGAAGUAUCUCCUCAACCGGUGUCAGGAAGACUUCGAGCGUGGGUGGUUUGCUAAGGAUACUGCUGCUGCAUCCGUCACAGCGAAGGCAUCUGACAAUCAAGUAACCGAGGCUUACCACGCUGCGCAGAAGGCGAAGCGUCAAGGUCUUAAUCUCAUGACGUUUAUUGGCGAGCUGUUCAAAGUUCGGAUGCUCACAGAACGUAUCAUGCACGAGUGCGUGAAGGAGUUGCUGCUGGGCAACAUCGAGAACCCCGAGGAAGAGAAGAUUGAGAGCUUGUGUCAGCUGUUGAAGACGGUUGGCCAGUCGCUUGACACGUCAAAAGCAAGCGCGCAUAUGGACGUUUACUUCACGCGUAUGAGGGAGCUGUGCAAGAGUCAUAAUAUCAGCACUCGUAUGCAGUUCAUGCUUCAGGAUGUCAUCGAGUCGCGCGACCGUCUAUGGAUGAGCCGCGAUGCUGAGCCUCUGACGAUUGCUGCCGUUCAUGUGCUAGCCGCCAAGGAGAGAGCUGCUGCAGAGGAGUGUCUUAACCGUCAGAUAAGUAUGUCUCGUGGUGGAUCUCGAAGGGGCAGCGACUGCGGCCAAGAGAAUGGUCCUGAUGGCUGGGCUGUUGCAGGUGACUGUGUUCCACAGGCGCCUCCCAAGGUUGGUGAUUUGUCAUCGACAUUGGUGAUGGGUCCAAGCGGCAUCUUUGGGGCUGGCAAGGACGGCGAGCGGGAGGCACUUUCACAGACAAAUUCGAGCUCAAAUAUGUUCCCCAUGCUCAACCAGAACCUUGAACUCGCCGUCGAGACGCCCAUAAAGCCCAGCUGUUCGUCGAGUCGGAAACCAAGCAUUGAUCUUGAUCGUGAUGGUGUUCCUGAGCCUACUGUACAGCACGCGGAGCUCCAGCUUCUUCCCAAACCCAGCAUGGUAACUCCUUUGGAAGAUGAACGCCAGGGUAUACCCAUCACCAUGUCAGAAGCAGACAUCAAGAAGCAAGUUGAUAGAUACGUGAGGGAGUUCUUCGCGGUUCGCAAUCUCGAGGAAGUAGACGUAUACUUCAGCAAUCUUCCACAUGAACUCUGCUUCCGGCUCGUGGACAACCGUCAGAUACGCAUGUCUCGCGGUGGUCCUCGAGGCGGGAGCGAGCACAAUCAAGAGCACGGCCCUGAUGGCUGUGCUGCUCAAGGUGACUCUAUUCCAUGGACGCCUCCCAAGGCUGAUGAUCUGUCACAGUUUGGCAAGAUCAGCAUGGGCGCGCCCAUGGUCAUGAGUCCAAGUAGUGCGCUCGUGGGCAAAAAGGACAGCAAGCGGGAGACACUUUCCCGGACGAAUUUGAGCUCGAACAUGUUCCAUAUGCUCAGUCAGAAACCUGAACUCGCCGCUGAGGCGCCCACGAAACCCAGUCGUUCGUCGGGACUUAAGCGGGCGUCGGAAGAAGAAUCUGAAAACACACCCACCACCAUAUCAAAAGCAACCGUCAAGAAGAUUGAUGAAGACGUGAUGGAGUUCUUCACGGUUCGCAAUCUCCAAGAAGCGGAUGACUAUUUCCCCAAUCUUCCUAACGAGCACCACUUCCGCCUUGUGGACAAGCUGGUUGCGUCCGCGCUCGAGAGCAAAGAGACAGAUGCAAGGUUGGUGGGCGAUUUCUUCGCGCAGGCGAUGAACAACGGACAGUGUACGCUCGAGGUAUUUGAGAAGGGAUUCAUGCCCAUGGCAGAAUUUUUGGACGACAUUGCUAUCGACGCUCCCAAGGCGUUUGAUAAUAUGGCUAUCAUGCUCAGGGGUGCUGGGUUCCAGGAUGAGCCUGAGAGACUCUACCGAGUCGCUUCGAAGGUCGAGGAUAGCGACAAGCUAGUCUCUCUCGUGGCUUGAUCUGCCUCACUCCAACUGACAUUUUCGAUCUACUUUUCUUUU